GUCCACUCUUUUCUCUCAUUUGGCAUACAACCAUCCAAGAUUCGUUCAUGAGAUUUGUCAGGGCGUCCAUAAAUUUCUUCUCGUUGGAAUGUCCUUCCCAGGCGCUAUGGUUCAUUGCUUUGGUAGUUUUCGAGGGUAUUUGAGUAGACUGUUUGUUCUUGCACGUAGGAUUCAGCAUAUGGUCAUACUUAGAAUUUGGACAAUUUGGAUUAGCCAUUUUUUCUUUUUUUUUACGGAUUUUUUUGACGUUGUAAUAUUGACGCUAGCAGGUUUGUGAUUGUGUCAAAAUUUUAGUUUAAAAAUCGGUCCAGCAAUGGAUUGUUGUGAUAUAACAAACUCUAAGCAGUUCAUGGAGGCUUUAAUUCAUUUUCUAAAUGAAGCCAGUAUAUGCACGAGGGAAGUUAGGCAACGGACAGGAGCUAAUGAUGGUAGUCCGGUGCAAAUGAACGAAGAAGAAAAAGUUGACAAAUUGGGCACAAUUUUAUGUAAUUUGAACCAGAAUUAUCAAAUGGAAAAACGCAAGACUGGAACUGCGAAUCAAACUCAAUCAGCUUUUGCAAUGGAUAGAGCCCAUUGCGGUCCUAAAGAUUCUGGCAACCAAGAAUUAAUCGAAAGAAAACGACGAAUACAAGAGUUUAAAAAAAGACCUAGAAGUGCUGGUGGCCAAAAACCAUUUCACGGACCAGGAAUCAUGCGGAAGGCACCGGAACUUCUAAUGGCAGAAUAUUGUGGACCAGGCCAGGAAAUAGGUUACGAACCAGGCAUGAUGAGCAGAAACUCGCCAGACCAAGGAGCUUCUUAUGGACCAGUUGGCAGAGAAUACUGUCCACCGGGGCAGAAUAUAUACGAACCAGGAAUAAUGGGAAACAAGACAUACUCGCUUGGACAACAGGACCCAAAAAUGUGUCAUGAAUCAGGAAUGGCGGGACAGCAGACACCAGUUGGUAGAGGUUUUGGAGCGAAACCACAAGUAACUAGGAGUUUCAUUGAAGAUUGUUCUCCUGAAUGUCAGAAUGUGGUACGAAGUGGCGGUAAAACGUGGUAGGGGCCUCGAAGAAGUUAUAAAACUGAGGCAAUCUAUUAACGAAUACUAAAUACAGGAUUUGUGAAAAUACGUUAUUUUUUUUUGUAAAUAAAUUAUUUUGGUUUUAUUGAGUUUUUACAUGGACAUGGAACAAAACACAUUGACUUUGGAGAGAACCAGCACCUUUAGUAAUUAUAGCAUCUGACUUUUACUUUUUUGACUUAAAUCUUCGUAAGUUGCUUCUUUUUGAAAUAAUCUUUUCUUGCAUAUAGAUUUAGCAGUCAUGGGUCUUUCUUUUCCGGUAUGCCCAACUGAUGAAUCUAAAAUUUCAAUAAAAGAUUUCUUUAUUAAAAAUAUUUAAUUUCUUUAUUAUAUCUACUUACUUUUGUUUCUACUAUCAUUGAAACUUUGCGUUUUAGGGAUUUUACUGAAUUUCGGAGUAUUUUUUGGGAGAGCAUUAGCGCUUUUCUGAAGCAUACUUUCUUUUGGACUAGAAGUUACAUUAUUAUUUGCAUGCUUAGAACAUUGUGUUUUACAUUUAAUAUCUGUAGGAAUGCUUUCCAUUUUAGAACAUGUUUGAAUAUUAAUUGACUUAUUUUCGGCCACAUAUUGACUUUCUUCAGACCUAUUUUCCACAAUCAAUUGAGUUUCUUGUGUACUAAACAACUUGUUUCGAAAAGAAGUGGUUAUUGGAUUUUUAUCUCUAUGUUCCGGGAGUGGUAACUCCUCAAGUUUUCUACAACUUUUACAAGAUUUGCACGGCUUGACUUCAUUUUUUUGAAUAGUUCCAAUUGCACUCUUUAUUUCGAUACCACGCUUGAAUUUCUCAACAUCGGUAUUUUCAAUUGCAGUUCCUGUAGUAGCUGACAUUCUAUCCAAUUUUGGUGCGAUUUCCAAGCUCAAGUA